GAAUUACCGCAGUGACAGCACUUCACGCAUCUUCACAAUCACUGUAUUCCUGUCCUCUUUGCCAUUCCCUUCAUUUAUGAAAAAUGCUGCUGUCGGCCAGCAUUUGCUCUCAGGCGCCCUCUCUGGGUUCGCGGGAGCCAUCUUAUUACAGCCUCUCGACCUCCUGAAGACCAGGAUUCAGCAAGGAGACUCUGCUUUAAAUGCCCGCAAUACAACAAUCAUAUGGCGGACAACAAAGGACAUUCUACGGAAUGAGGGGAUAAAAGGAUUAUGGACAGGUACAAGUGCCACGUUGGUUCGCAAUGUUCCAGGAGUGGCCCUCUAUUUUACGAGCCUGACUUACCUACGCUCUGCCAUGGCAAAGUCGCCGUAUUUCUCUGCACACCAGCGGCACAACCGCGAAAGCUCUAAAAGUGUCCUUCCGAAGUUGUCCAGUCAGGGCAAUCUCAUAGCAGGCGCAACCGCUCGAGUCGGAGUCGGGUUUAUCCUCAACCCAUUUUCUAUCAUGAAAGCGCGUUUUGAGAGUGAGCUGCAUGCAUACCGUAGUUUAUCAGGCUCGCUUCUUUCCAUCGCCCGUAUGGGACCGUCUGAACUUCUCCGCGGAUUUGUUGCAUCGUCGCUGCGGGAUGCGCCAUAUGCCGGUCUGUUUGUCGUCAUAUACGAGAGUAUAAAACGCGAGACAACAUACUUCAUCCCAACCGCGUAUGCAGCAGGCAUACACAGCAUUUCAGCAGCCUCCGCAGGUGCCAUUGCCACACUGGCAACCCAUCCAUUUGAUGUUAUAAAGACGAAAAUGCAAGUGCGUUCAGAAGACAAAUAUCGUGGCUUUACCACGACCGUCUUGAGGAUUUUUAAGCAACGUGGUGCAGCCGGUUUUUUCGAUGGGACAUCUCUCCGCAUGUCUAGGAAAAUCCUCAGCUCGGCAAUUGGCUGGGCUGUAUUUGAAGGAAUGCUGCUCUUCAUGCAAACAUAACGAUUGUUUGACAAUAUCGUCCACUGAUACAAUUCUCGCGCGAGUCUAUAGGUCAUCGAGAGUACUCUUGUUGGAUGAACUUCGCGAUUGUUUGCAGUUGGAUAUUUGAUGUCCCCUCAUAGAUUGCACCCUGUAAUACAUACCAGCUAAAUAAUAUAAUCCACUCAAUCAGAACAUCACUCACAAUCUUUGAAUCCCGCCAGAAU